UGGGCUCGACAGGGCUGUUAGCUCGACCGACCGGAAAGGGUGACAUCACAGGCGCUAACGACGCGAGCAAAACCAGUAAGCGUAUAAAAAUGCACGCAAAUAUGCACUUGCAACGCUUCUACGCUCGCUCGUGUGCAACAAUUUUGCACAGACCAGGCGGCAGUAUGACUUAUUUUCGGGCACCCCCGUGUUUUCUGCUGACGCUCUUUCUUUACGUCGCCUUGUUCUCGAGUUGUGUCGCGCCCUUAUUUGCUUCCGACGUAGAAGAGCAAGCGAAGAUGACAACGUGCGAGCUAAUUGAAUACUUUGGCUUUUCCUGCGAGACGACUGAGGCCACCACCGACGAUGGGUACAUUCUGGAAGUUGACAGGGUGGGUACAUUGGCUCGGGAUAACAGCACGUCGUCGUCAGGAAGCGGUACCUAUAAAAAUCCUGUGGUCCUGGUGCCGGGAAUAUUAUCUGAAUCGGGCUCCUGGUUCAUUAACUACCCCUCGCAAAGCCCAGGCUUUCUUCUGGCUGAACGUGGCUACGACGUGUGGACUAUGAACACUAGGGAGAUUGCGUUCCGCUCUCGCCACAAGACUCUGAGCCAAAGUGAUGACCGAUACUGGCAGCGGAGCUUCGACGAAAUCGGCCGCUACGAUAUUGCCGCCGUCCUUGACCUUGUACUAAACGUCACCGGUGCCAGCCGAGUGACCAUCUUGGCAUUCUCCCAAGGUCUAACUGCGAGCCUGGUACUCCUUUCUACGAAGCCAGAGUACAACGAGAAGGUUGACCUUCUUGUAGCCUAUGGUCCAGUGGCGAAUAUAACUAACAUCGGGUAUCCGAGUCGUGAGAUCAUGGCAAUCUCUGGGCCCCUCUUCCUUCUUCUGGAUCCUUUGGGUGACAGCGGUUAUUUCUAUCUCCCCAAAGCUCCGAGGAAGCUGACGCAGCUCGUUUGUAGCAUCUUCCAAGGGCAACCCUGCAGCAUGUUAUUAUCGAUUACGCUAUUCAGCAGUCCUGAGGAGCUGAACAAGACGAGAUUACCCGUCGCGCUGUCACAUUAUGCUAUUGGGACUUCGUAUCAGAAUCUACGACACUUCAUACAGAACAAGAGAGAAAAGAACUUUCUCAUGUAUGAUUAUGGCACCUUCGAGAACAAACAGCGAUAUGGACAGGAGGAGCCUCCUGCUUACGAUGUGGAUCGCAUUACAGUCCAGGUAGCACUGUUCACCUCAGAGGGAGACACGGUCGCCGAUCCGCAAGAUGUGUCUGUGCUUGCUGAGAGACUGGGGUCCAGACUUCUCUUCAAUCACGUUGUGCCUCCGCAAGACUUCCGUCACUUAGACUUUGUGUACGGCUACCAAGCAACAAAUUUCUUGCACGAGAUUACGUUAGACACGUUGGAACAGUACGCUGGCAGAAGCGCUUAACCAGGGUGACGAGGACCCUCAAGCAAAUGCAAAAGUCGUGCAAAUUAAUAGCCCCCGCAACAUCACAAACGUUCGUGACAUUUACCUGGCUGCAGUGGUUUUCAGUCAUUUUAUGCGUUUACUUUUGCUUGUCCUGUGAAAUAGAGUAGCCAGCACCGACCUCUGAUUUAAUUACAAAUCAAUAUAGCAACAAGGGCACAUAAAAACAUCCAUAAGUCUACUUCAUCUUGGUCUUCUUAGUAUUUCUUCAUCGCGACACUACAUCGCCAACGAUGGAGCACCAAUACGGUGUAAGCUAUAGCAUGUCACAGAAACGGUUCACAUGUGGGGCUUCAAGCCCGCAUGAACGAGAUCAGUUCUUGGUUGUGCAGAUGAUAGGCAUGAGCUUUCUGCAGCAACCUCAUAAGCGAAAGCUGAGAGCUGCCGCAGGAUUCGGUAGGAACCUGAAAAACACGACAGAAGUUUUCUGAUAGGCCUACACAGUGACAUGGUUACCACAAGAGUAGAAGCAAGGAAGGUAAAACUUUACGUCGCCGUAGUGCAUAUUGCAACGAAGAUUCUGAGAAGUUUUGGAGGCAGUGAGGCGACCUCGACCAACCAGAUGGGCCUGUGCGGCCAUGGUAAUUGCAUCGCAAGCACACGCCGUGGAUGACUCUGCUCCCCGGGGAUAUAUACUGUCCAGCCGCAGAACAGUAUCACGGCAAACAGUAGGCAAAACGGCGAGUGGGUACGGUAGCGUAAUGACGUAGCGUGUGGUUUAAUAAGUCGUAACAGCAACCUAAUGCAUGCCAGUAGUUGACAUCAGGUAAAAGCGAAGCAUGUCGUUAAAUACUUGAGAAAAGGACUUGGAGAAAACACCGAUGCAUUGUAGAAGCCCUCCUGGAGGCAGGGAAAGGGGCUUCCGGAGUUGGCAGAGGUCGCAAACAGUAAAAUACCGGCGGACAGACGGGUAAAGAUUGGGCCAGAAAAUUGGGCCAGAGUAUUGGGCCAUAGUAUUGGGCCAGAGUUAGAUUGGGCCCGAGUAUUGCAUGAGCAUGAACAAAGAUGCCUUCAAGACAUGUACUAAUCUGAACGAGGUUUGUUGUUUCUUUCCAAAUUCUGUAUGGUUGCGCUUUCCUUGCUGUUCACGUCAACAUUCGGAGUGUUAGAAAACAUUGAGACCAUUUUGAGGCCUUAAUUGCGCUUUUAACUCCCAUUUCGAUGCGAUCGUGCUUACCGAGAUUAACAUUCCGUCCGCCUGCAUCAAUCAGUAUCAGAUCAUUGGAUACCAAGUUUUUCAUACACUAGGACAAUUAAGAGGGGAGGAGGCGUGACAGUUUUCAUCCGAGACACAUGGGCGACAACUGAGCUGACUUUCUCGUUUUCCCAAGCUGAAAUUGUGGCAGUGCCACAAUUCCGUGUGGCACUAAUUCGUGUCACUAAUUCCGUGUCACUAAUUCUGCUUGCGGUUUAUCGCCCACCAUGUUGCAACGGCCGUAUAUUCCUGGAUGAACUUGAUGUCGCCCUGGCCUCAAUGUCGUCAAUGGACCAUGUUUGCCUAAUUGGGGAUGUCAGCAUAAAUACGCGACGCCCUUCAGCGACGACAGUUGGUAAUUAUUUGGACGCCAUUUCCAAAUGGGGCUUGCAAAACACGAUCUGUGAACCUACGCGCGAAGAAUUCCUUGCUGGUAAUCUUGUCACAUCUUGCAUAGAUCAUAUAAAUUUACGUGCACAUACCUUGAGUGUCAAAUCUCCCGUUAUCAAAGCGAAACUUGCUGAUCAUUACAUAGUCUGCUGCUCUCUGACAGAUGACUCUACUCACUUGGUCGCUCCAAACGAAGUCAAAGAAAUCUCAAUUGUUUACCCCUUGGCUUUCAACAAAUUUGUAAUGAAUCACGACUGGGGUAACUUUUUGAUGGCUAUUCCUCCAGGCGACGCCUAUGACAACUUUGUAACACGGUUCACCAAUUUCCGGCUUGCAGCUACACGGGUCUGUAAAAUUAAACAACGUAACUUGGACCAAAAAUGGAUGUCGACAGAAAUACUCGCGGCAAUAAAACCAAAAGACUUGUUAUGGGUUCAAAGUCCUUACUCACAG